GAGUGAAGCGCAUAGCGUCGCCUCCCAAGCGACUUGUGUGUGUGAGUGUGUGUGUGUCUAGAUGUGUAGUAGUGUGUGUAUAGUUUUUUUUUGGUCGUGAGAAGAAGAGAAAACUCUGUUUUUGUUCUGCCCACACAAAUUUUUCGCUUUACUCAUCAUUGAAGGCAGCCAUAUUUCUUACGUUGCCCAUUUUCUUUCGUCUCGUGUUUCAAAGAUUGGUGCUGUGAUGACUCGUUCGUCUGUACGGAAAUAAAAACGAAGAGAGAGAGAGAGAGAGACACGUUACAAAAGUGGUGUGCAAUCAAAAAUGGCGAGUGCGAAACAUCAGUUUGGAGAUUGGUUUUCCAUCUGCUGGCCGCUGUUGGUGUUGACGAGUCUUUGUCUCGUAUCGGCCGGUCCGAUCGUGAACACAUUUAACGAAGGCAAUGGCGGCCACCGCCUGCAGCAUCUCGUUGUGGACAAGCAAAGUGGUCUGGUCUACGUCGGUGGAGUCAACCGGCUCUACCAGCUCUCGCCGGAUCUUGAUCUACAGGUGACGGUUGAGACGGGCCCUAGGGAAGACAGCCCUGAAUGCCCGGCCGUCGGCUGCAGCGACUCGGUCGUCAAAAGGCUAACGGACAAUGUCAAUAAAGCCCUUGUUAUCGAUUACACGGACACGAGGCUCAUUGCCUGUGGCACUUUCUACCAAGGCAUUUGCAGUGUGAGAAAUCUGAAAAACAUCAGCGAGGAAUUGAUGGACGUGAGGGAGCCGGUCGUGGCCAACAAUUCGACGGCGACGACUGUGGUUUUCAUCGCUCCGGGACCGCCGAAUCCGCCCAGUACGCACGUCCUCUACGUUGGCGCAACGUACACGGGCAAUUCCCCUUACCGAUCCGAUGUGCCGGCCGUGUCGUCGCGUUCGCUGGCCCGUCACAAAAUGUUCCAAAUCGCCAAUAUGGAGAGGAGGGAAGGCGACACGCGGGUGACGACAGGCACGCGGAUUUCGGUCAAUUCGCCGAGUCGCAACCGCUACCCCAUUCACUACGUCUACGGUUUUUCCUCGGAGGGUUUCUCGUAUUUCCUGACAACUCAAAUGAAGGAAUCGACGACCAACAAUUCGUCCUACAUCUCCAAGUUGGUCCGCGUGUGCCAAGACGAUGAACACUAUCAAUCCUACACGGAAGUGCCGCUAGAAUGUGUGGCCGAGGACGGCACUCAAUACAAUUUGGUUCAAGCCGCCUACGUGGACAAGCCCGGAUCGGAUUUGGCAGCCGAAUUGGGCAUUACGGUACAGGACGAUAUCUUGUUCGCCGUCUUUGCCCAGUCCGACCCGGCCGAGGGCGGCGAGAUGAGCAACAGACCGGCGCCGCGUUCCGCUCUCUGCGUCUACUCGCUCAAAUCCAUCCGGCGCAAGUUUAUGCACAACAUUCAAAAGUGUUUUAGCGGAGAAGGACAUCGCGGAUUGGACUUUAUCUCGCCCAGUCUACCCUGCGUUCACACGAAAUUGCAAACGAUUGGAGAAGACUUUUGCGGUCUGGAUGUCAACACUCCGUUGGGCGGUGGCGAACCCGUCAUCGAGCGGCCCGUCUGCACCAUGAACAACGUCCUGUUGACGGCCGUGGCAGCCACAUCCACUGGUGAUUUCACCGUCGUCUUUCUCGGCACUUCCAAAGGACAUUUGAAAAAGGUGGUGGUGGAGAAUGUCAAAGGAGAUAGCGGAGGUCGAGGAGCCUUCGAGUACGGUGACAUUACCGUGGACGAAGGAAGCCGCGUUUCAUCCGAUCUGGUCUUUGAUCCGCAGCGGAUGCAUCUCUACGCCAUGACGGAACGCAAAGUGACCAAAGUUCGCGUCCAGGAUUGCGGCGUGUACAAGACGUGCGGCGAAUGCCUCGGAGCCCGCGACCCCUAUUGCGGAUGGUGUUCCCUGGAAAACAAGUGCAGUUUGCGAAGCGAUUGUCAAGAUGCGGCCAAGGAUCCGCUCUACUGGAUUUCUUACAAGAGCGGAAGGUGCACCACCAUCACUUCCGUCACGCCCAACCAGCUCCAACGGACCACAGCUCGCACGCUCUCGUUGGUGAUUGACAAUCUGCCAACCCUUUCGGGCCAGUUCCAGUGCGCCUUUUCAGCAUUCGGCAAAACGCUGUUGACGAACGCGACGAGGACGGCCAACGGCGUCAGCUGUACAACACCUCGCACCGAUCACAUACCGGCCAACCCACCCGGACAACAUCAUUUCACGGCCAAAUUGUCGGUGAGGACGACGACCGGACCCGAUUUUGUCGCCACCAAUUUCACCUUCUUUGACUGCACCACCUACACGUCGUGCACGGAAUGCGUCUCGUCCUCGUACCCCUGCGACUGGUGCGUCGACGGACACCGGUGCACUCACGACACGGCCGAGAAUUGCCGCAACGACAUUCUCGUUACCGGCGUCAACAGAAUCGGGCCGAGCAUCCGCAGUGGACCGGGCUUCUGUCCGCGAAUCAACGCGACGGCCAGCGUCUCUACGGAGAUCCUCGUGUCGCACGGCAUCAAGAAGAGCAUCAAAGUCAAAGUGGAGAAUAUCGCCCAGUUUAUCGCGCAGACGAAUUUCGUCUGUCAGUUCAACAUCGAGGGACGGGUGACGCACGUGCGGGCCCAGCUCCUCGGCGACAUCAUUUACUGCGACGACAUGGAGUUUACGUAUUCGUCGCGGGCGCCCAACAUCACGGCCACGUUCGCCGUCAUCUGGGGCGGAUCCAAACCCCUGGACAAUCCCGACAACGUCCACGUCCUCAUCUAUCGCUGCAGAGAAAUGGCCGACAAUUGCGGACUCUGCCUCGCCCUCGCUGACAAAUACCUCUGCGGAUGGUGUCAGACGUCCGACAAGUGCGAAGUGAGGGAACAGUGCGAUCGUAGUGGAAUCGGCGGAUCAGUUUCGGUGGCGACGGGAGCGCCUUGGUUGGAUCGAGACCAAAUCUGUCCAAACCCUGAGGUGAAACGGUUCGACCCGAGACUGGGCCCGUGGGAAGGCGGAACCAACGUGACGAUCGAGGGUGUCAAUCUGGGCAAGACGUUUGGCGACAUAUCCGGCGGAAUCACAGUGGCCGGAAUGCCGUGUCACCCCUACGAAGAGCUCUACGUCCAAACGCGACGGAUCGUCUGCCUGGUGGACAGCCCGCAGAACAGCCAACCGCUACGAGGGCCCGUCAUCGUCCGCGUCUCCAAUUUUAAAGGCGAAUCGGCCGACUAUUACGAAUUUGUCAAUCCAAUCAUCGAGUCCAUCCAUCCGACUUGGGGUCCGCUCUCAGGAGGCACUCAAUUGAUCAUUCGAGGACAGUUCAUGAACGCCGGCAGUUCCAUCCAGGCCGUCAUCGAUCCGGCACUGGCCUGCGCCAUUACCUACACCAACGCCACGCAUGCCAUCUGCCGGACGAGCGCCUCGAACCGGCUCCGCAGCGGAGAGCUGCAAAUGUCGUUCGACCGCGGAGUCCGCCGCUACACUCGACAAAUGUACCAAUACGUCGAAGAUCCGACGAUCGAGUACGCCGAAUCGGGCGUCGUUAGCCAAGUCAAGGUGCCCAAAGGCAUCCCCGCAGGCGGCAUCAUCAUCUCGGUCGCCGGCAACAAUUUGGAAUACAUUCAGGAACCCAAGAUGUUUGUCCGCUAUCGAGACGUGGUCCACUCGAGUAGUUGCCAGGUGCUGUCCAAUCAGAGGAUGGAGUGCCGGUCUCCUUCGGUGCCCGUCCUCGGCCAGCAGAUAUCGCCCGAGGAGCCACUCUCGCUCGACUAUGGAUUUUUGAUGGAUGAUGUCCCGUCGGUGCGCAACUUGUCCCACUCGCCCAACUUCCCCAAAUUCGUCCUCUACCCGGAUCCCGUUUACGAGAAAUUUGACGAAGAAGUCAAGUAUUACAAGAGCGACUAUUUGACCAUCAACGGCAUCAACUUGGAUCGAGCCUGUCAGGAGAACGACGUGGAGGUAUCGAUUGGAACGGCGCCGUGCAACGUGACGUCGCUCUCCAGGAAUCAGCUGACGUGCCGGCCUCCGUCUGCCCAGCCGCCGGCGGCCGGUGCCAACCCGAACGACGCGCCCGAGGUGGUGGUGGUGGUCGGCCGCAGCCUGCGUUACGUCAUCGGCAAGUUGAGCUACGAUUCGCCCAACAGCGGCGAGGGCCAGCUACCCAAGUCUGUCAUCAUCGGCGUCACGAUCGGCUGCGGCCUUUUGGUCUUUGUCUUCAUCUGCGUCGUCAUCGCCUACCGUCGCAAGUCGACCGAGAGCUCGCGCGUCCUCAAGAGCAUGCAGGAGCACAUGGACACGCUGGAACUGCAGGUGGCCGCCGAGUGCAAAGAGGCCUUCGCCGAGCUCCAAACGGAAAUGACGGACCUGACGUCGGACCUGACAUCUGGCGGCAUCCCUUUCCUCGACUACCGCACCUACGCCAUGAAGAUCCUUUUCCCCUCGAUGGAGGAGCACACGCUCUUGCAAUGGGAACGGCCGGAGCUGCUGCGCAAGGACAAGCCGCUGCGUCUCUUUGGCCAGCUUUUGAUGAACAAGACAUUCCUCCUCCUCUUUAUCCGCACGCUGGAGAGCAACCGCUAUUUCUACAUGCGCGACCGCGUCAAUGUCGCCUCGCUCAUCAUGGUGACGCUCCAGAGCAAAAUGGAGUAUUGCACCGACAUUUUGAAGACGCUGCUGGCCGAGCUGAUUGAGAAGUGCAUGGAGGGCAAGAGCCACCCCAAGUUGCUGCUGCGUCGCACCGAGUCGGUGGCCGAGAAGAUGCUCUCUGCCUGGUUCACCUUUUUGCUCUACAAGUUCCUGCGCGAGUGCGCCGGCGAGCCGCUCUACCUCCUCUUCCGCGCCAUCAAACACCAGGUGGACAAGGGACCGGUGGACUGCGUCACGUCCGAGGCCCGCUACUCGCUCUCUGAAGAGAAGCUCAUCCGCCAGUCGAUCGAGUACAAGAUCAUGACCGUCUACGUCUCGAUUUCGCCGCAGACGAUCUACGUCAGCGGACUCGAAGCCCACACGGACAACACGGACACGCCCGUCAAGGUCCUCGACUGCGACACGAUCGUCCAGGUCAAAGACAAGGCGUUCGACACCAUCUACCGCUCGACGCCUUACAGCCAGCGUCCCCGCAAAGAGGAUCUCGACCUCGAGUGGCGGACGGGCACGUCGGGCCGGCUGGUGCUCUACGACGAGGACUCUACUUCCAAAGUGGAGGGCGACUGGAAGAAGCUCAACACGCUGGCUCACUACCGCGUGCCGGACGGCGCCCUCUUGACGCUCAUUCCCAAACAGUCGUCCAUGUACAACCUGUCGAUCCUGUCGGAUCAGCACCGCGGCGGCGCCGCCGACAAGGGCCACCACCACAAGUACGAGACGCUCAACCUCAACUUGUCGAAAUUCAGUUCGGCCAGUCCGCCCAUGAGCCGGGCUACGUCGCCCAUGAACCAUCACGGCGAUCGGAGCCACGGCGGUGGCGGUGGCGGCGGCGGAGGAGGAGGAGGGGGUGGAGGAGGAGGAGGAGGCCAUGGAACGCACGAUCGCGGAGGCGAUCAGGACCCGAGCGUCAAAGUGUGGCAUCUGGUCCGUCAUCACGACCACGACAACAACCGCAAAGAUGGCGACCAACGAGGCAAUAAAAUGGUUUCCGAGAUUUACCUGACGCGGCUCCUCUCCACAAAGAUAACGCUGCAGAAAUACGUGGACGAUCUCUUUGAAACGAUUUUCAGCAUCGCCAACCGCGGAUCCGCCCUGCCGCUGGCCAUCAAGUACAUGUUUGACUUUUUGGACGACCAGGCUCUGCAGCACGGCAUCACGGAUCCGGAGGUGGUCCACACGUGGAAAUCCAACAGUUUGCCUCUCCGCUUCUGGGUCAAUCUCAUCAAGAAUCCCAAUUUUGUCUUUGACGUCCACAAGUCCAAUAUUGUUGACUCGUGCCUCUCGGUCGUCGCUCAAACAUUUAUGGAUUCGUGCUCAACUUCCGACCAUCGACUGGGCAAGGACUCGCCCAGCUCCAAGCUCCUCUUCGCCAAAGACAUACCCGUUUACAAGGAAUGGGUAGAGCGAUACUACGCCGACAUCAAGACGAUGGCGGCCAUCUCCGAUCAGGAUAUGAACGCGAUGCUUGCCGAAGAGUCUCGCCAGCACACGGUCGACUUCAACGUCAAUUGCGCCCUGCAGGAGUUGUACAACUACGCCGAUCGCUACUAUGAGCAGCUGAUGAUGGCACUAGAGGAAGACGAAUUUUCGCAAAAGCAACGACUGGCUUAUCGACUGGAGCAAGUGCGAAAUCUCAUGGCCGCUGAAAUGGGCAGCCCUUGAAAUUGAAAAAAAGAACUGUACGAAACCUCAAAACUCGUGUGUGUGUGUGUUUUUUUUUUGUUUUUUUUUUGUUUUCCUUUCAUUUCGCUUGACGUCCAACAUACUUUAUAUAUUUCUGAUUACAAUUUCUUGGCCGGAGCAGCGAAAAAUGCGCAAAACAAAAACGAAAAACAAAAAAAAAAAUAAUAAUAAUAAGGACAAAUUCCUAUAUCGUCUGUUCAUUCGAGUCAUAUUCUGUUAGCCCUUGUCCUCCACUUCCUCCUCCUCACCCCACCCUCAUUUUUUUUUUUUUUUUUUUUUUUUUUUUAAAUUCUUCUUUUAAGUGGCUAUUUAAAUAGGCAAUAAACAAAAAGAAAAGCCGUUUCAAUUUUUUUUUGGUGUGGACACAGGAUAUCUAUUCGGCUUCGAUCGUGGCACCUCAUUCAUUCCCUCUCGUGUCGUCCUACCUCCCCACUCGCCCUCCACCACUUCCACCCCCCACUCUAUGGACCAAUCCUAAUCAAGUAGCAAAGUCUUUCCACCCGCUUCACUCGUCUUCUUCAAUCGCAUAUGACAACAUUUUGAAACAGAAUUUUUAACAUCGUUUUUCUUUUGUUUCUUUUCAUUUCUUUUUUUUUUUCCUCCUGUGCAGCGGGAUGUACCCACAACAAAUCUUGUUUUAAAAAAAAAAAAAAAAAAAAAAAUUUGUUUUCCCCUCACCACAUCAGGAUUUCAUCAUGUUUUCAACCUCUCCAACCCCACUCCUCUCCCCCCAACCCCCUACCUUUUUUUUCCAAAUAAAUUUACGAGCGUGCUUGCUGUAUAUAAACAUGUGACUGUGUACUGCGAAUGUACGUGUGAUCUUGUCUCAUUAUUACCACAUCCGCCAGCGUUUUUUUUUUUUUUUUUUUUUUUUUUAAUUUUCGCUUUAUUCCUUUGACAUGUAUUUUUUUUUUUGUGUGUGUGUGUUUGUUAAUGCUGCCUGUCCAAUCGAGCUCAUUCGUUGAUUUGCGUAACCGGGAAAUCGUUAUUCGUUUGGCGAUCGGGUCGAAAAUGGUGAUAUCCGCUCGAUCGUGACAGUGUGUGAAUGACUUGAUCGCGUGUUGGAACUUGGAGGUCGACUCAUUUGUGACCGCAUUCCUCGACAAAAUUCGAUUUGAAACAAAAACAAACAAACAAAAAAAAAAAGCCGAUGACUUGACAGUAUGGACACAGGACGACGAAUGUUAAUUUUUUUUUUUUGUUCUCUUGUUUUCCCUUCUCGUGUUUUUCAAGUACAGAUGAAUUGCGACGACCACCUGUUUUCUUGUAUACAAGUGUACAGUGACAUUGAUUGCAUUCUUUAUACAUAAGUCCGUCAAAAACACCACUCAUUCUUUUUUUUUUGCAAUCCGGAUGUUGUUCACUAAAAAGCUAUCUUUUCUCUUAUCAAAAUAAUGCUGUGUAGUUUCCAUCGCAACUGUACCUCUCGUGAGAGACACUCAAUAACACGAGGAUCUAUUCAUAAA